AAGUAAAAUUCAGCCUUAGAAGGAAAUUCAGCCCAUCUUCAAGGUCCGAACCUUUGUCCUCCCCUUGUCUCCAAUCCCGCACCCUCGCCGUGGAAUCAGAAACCCUAGCUUCACCACGGCGGGAUGACUGCAUCCGCCACCGACGAUGGUACCUCUCCGGCGCCCAACGUGACGGAGGGAGAAACCCCAGCGGCGGCCGAUGUUGGAGCAGCGGUCGAAGAGGGCGAGAAGAUGAAUGUGGGGGUUACUGCUGCAGUUGAGGAGAACGGUGAGGUGGAGCCUGAGGAGGAUCCUGACGAGCAGGCGGAAGAUGAGGAGGAAGAGGAAGUGGAUGCGGGGGAGGUGGAGGCUGCGUAUGGGAUGGAGGCGGCGUUGAUGGAGCCCCUGGUGGUGUUGAAGCCCAGCGAGGAGGACGCACCUGAAGAGCUGGAGGGGGAGAAGGAAAAGCUGGAUGAGGAACCCGAGGAGGUGGAAGAGGGCAAGGAGGAAUGCAAUGGUGUUGAGGAGAAAGGCUUGGUGGAUGGAUCCGUGGAGGCUGUGUCAGAUAUGAAUGAAGUAUCCAAACAGGAACAUGGUAAAUGUGGCAACACAAAUAAGGAUAAAGUUGUUGAUCAAUCGAGCAAUGUCAGUGAUAGCGGUAGAAGCAAAAGUGAUGAUGCGCAGAACUAUGAACUUGCUGGAGGUCUUGAAAUAUUUGUUGACGGAUUGCCUAAAGAUUGUGUUGAGGAAGACAUUGCAAUGGUGUUUUCUCAAUGCGGGGAGGUCAAAUCGGUUAGGAUAAUUAAGAAUUCAUCAACCGAAAAGAGCAAAGAUAUUGCAUUUGUCUGUUAUGCGAGCAUUGAAGCUGCAAAGAAGGCUCUCGUUGAAUUCAAGGAGGGAAUUGAGGUAAAAGGAGAAAAGGUUAGGGUAUCUGCCUGUCAAGAUAAUAGUACCCUUUACCUGGGAAACAUAUGCAAGGGCUGGACCAAAGAUCAGGUUCUGACUACCUUAAAAAGUAUUGGAAUUCAAGAAUGCAAGAUAACUUUUCCCACUUACAAGGGAGGAUGCAGAGGGUUUGCUUUUCUUAAAUUUGCCUCGCAUUACUAUGCCAGAGCAGCAUUUCGACGGUUAAUGAAACCAGAUGCUAUUUUUGGCACUGAUAGAAGUGCUAAAGUAUCUUUUUAUCAAACUACCAUAAAACCAAGUGAGAAUGUUAUAGAGGCUAAAAAAGUAUACCUGGAAUAUGUCCCUCUUUCUUGGGAUGAGGAUAAAGUUAAAGAAUGCUGUCAACAAUAUGGGAAGAUUCUGAAAGUUGACCUUUUCCAGAUAUCAAAGAACAUGGAAAGUGAAACCUUUUCUUUUGUUGAAUUCUCAUCCAGCAAGAGUGCAUUAGCUUGUGUGGAAGGAAUAAAUAAUACAAAGAUUGUUGAUGGAGGCUUCAAGUUGUCUGCUUGUCUUGCUCGGCCUAAAAGUGGUUUGAAGGUCAAUAGUAGUGCAGCUUCAGAAGGUGCUACUACAUCUAAGAAGGAAAAAGGCCACACAGGGAAGGCUGUUAUAGAUACAGGUUCACCACAUAAAUUGCCAAAAGGCAAUAAGAACAAUCUUACCUCUCGGACAAAGGAGGUCCUUGGGAAGAUGAAUUCACCAAGUAAAUUAUCAAAUGAUUAUGAUUUAAAGCUAACCACACAAGGCGCUGCAGAAGUACUGCAAACAUCCAAACCUUCUGAAGGGAACAGGGAUGUUGGGAAGAACAGAAAUGCCUCUGUAAACCAAAAACCAUCAAAGAAAGCGCGAAAUAAUUGUAAUGCUGAUGAGAGCCAGCAAACCUAUCAAGGUGCUGCAGAGCAAAUAUCUAACAGUUCCAAAAGGAAAAGGAAAUCUCGCAGGAAUAAAAAUAUCUAUAUAAAUGAAAGACCACUGAAGAAAGCACAUAACAAUAGUAAUGUGGAUAGAAGUUCGAGAUCUAAAGCAUAUGCCUCUGAUCUGGAACCUCAUGCUGGAUUCAUCCCUCCUACAAGUCGAGUUCACAGCAACCAUGCAUAUGAUCAGCGAAGAACUGCAGAAUAUGAUAUCCAUCCAAUAGAUCGUCAUCCUUAUGCUAGAGAAACUGCAGCUUCACGAUCAGCCUACUCUGGUUAUACAAGCCAUGCUGGCUAUGAGGCUGGAUAUACAUAUGUAUACCCGCCCCCUCCACCCCCUAGUGGAUCUUAUUACCGAGGGAAUGGUUCAUACAUCCCUCGAAGAGGAGAUUACUGACUAUAAUCAAGUGCCAGCUACCCAGUUCUGUGUGAUCCCAUGAUAGUGAGGAUCAGAGUUCAUUCGGCUUCCAUUUGAUCCGAUGAUAACGAGGAUCAGAGUUCAUUUGGCUUCCGUUUGAUCCGAUGAUAACGAGGAUCAGAGUUCAUUCAGUGUACAUAUUUAGAUGCCUCCCAUAGAAGAUCAAAGAACAAUGAUGUUUCUAGAAAUAAGAACCCUUGCACCUUCCUUUUUGGCUGAAAGAAAAUUGACGAUAAAGGAGUGCAGCCCUGCACACCGGUUGCUUGUUGAAUGUUUCUUUUUAACCUUCGUUUGUACAUGAUUCAGAAGUUUGUUCUGUGUUUGUGUAUAGAUAGUAAUAGCAUAUAUCAUUAAUUUCACAUUUGGUAUGUA